CCUUCACUGACGCACCUCUAUCAUUAACUGACCAAACUUGCGCCUAACCUUGCAUACUCUCAGUACAAAUUCGCUAAUACCAUGACCAGUGUAAUGGUUUACGGCUCUCGCCAGAUGCUUUCUCAGGACCUGAAGCGCAAAGUCGAUUGAAAUCCACCCAAAAAUACCGUAGUCGUGAAACUGGACAACAUGUUGUCUCAUAUGGGCGGCAUGGCUCCCAAACUAACGAUCUAUGAAAUCACAACAGCCAAUUCGUCGACUAUACGAGUUCUCCGCUUACCUGGCAAGGCUGAGUCAUUCGAACUCAAGCUGCUUGCCGCAAGUCUUGCUGAUCCGCCAAGUUACACAGCACUUUCAUAUACCUGGGGUGACUCAUUUGCCAAGUUCAACGUAUUGGUGAACGAUGAGUUGCUUCCAAUCACUCAGAGCUUAUACUGGGCACUUCGGACGCUCCAGCAAGAUCAUGCAAGGCUACUCUGGAUUGAUCAGAUCUGUAUCGACCAGAGCAACUUGAAAGACAAAGCGACGCAAGUGCCGCUUAUGGAACAAAUCUACUCCAAGGCGAAAAGCACAAUCUCGUGGCUGGGAGUGGCGACGGCAGAGUCCGAAAGAGCUAUGGACUACUUACGAGAAGCAGGCACUGACGGUAUCUCAGCGGGUCUGAAUGAGUUACCUAUAAUCGCAGAUGGUCUUAUGCAGCUGCAGAUAGAUAUUCCUUUGCAAGAUGAGAAUUUUGAGACGCGCUUCCCGCACCUGCGUGAGAAGAUGGAAAGAGUCGUUGCCAGAUGGGGAGAAUGGCAAGACUUGGAUGUUGUACCGGCCAUUCUAGCACUUUUCGGGAAUCCCUACUUCACACGAGGCUGGAUUAAGCAAGAGCUGGCCAUUCCGAAGAACCUCACGAUCCAAUAUGGUGAAAAGGCAUUGGAUAUUGAAAGCUUUAAGGCAGGAUUCCUCUUGUUUCAAGCACAUUACACGUACAGCCGAAGGAAAUUCGACCUCACCUUCAGGCUGAACCAAAAAGAGCAAAGGAAUGAAAUCCGUCGGAAGUUUGCAGUAGUGGACGAUAGUAACGAGAUUAUACAUCCUUUUCUCAAGACUCGUGAGUCCUAUCAGUCCAAAAAUAGGCCUGACGAGCUGUUUCUAGAACGACUACUCAGGCGGUUUGGCUCCAAAGUCAAAUUCUCCGAUCCAAGGGACUAUAUCUACGGCUUCAUGGGCUUAGCAUCGGACAAUGUGCGACUGGGAAUCCCUGUCGACUAUCAAAGAUCAUGGGAGCAGGUGCAUACUUUCGCAAUGAGAAAAAUAAUUGAGGGUCAGGGUAUCCACAUGCUCGAGCAUAACCAGCUUCCAAAGGCGAGCGACAAGCUCCCUUCGUGGGUUCCAGAUUUCUCCUCGAAGAGGUACUGGACACUAACAGAAAAUACCAUCUCGUCUGAGCAGCCCUUCCGUGCCUCUGGGGAUACAAGGCAGUCAAUAGUCUGGCCCACCGAGGAUCCAUGGACAGAUAAGUCUUUACAGGUACGCGGAUGGGUCAUUGAUACCGUUAUGAAAGUCGGGCUUCCAUGGGAUGACAGUUAUGUUUCAAGGGACCUUCCGAGGUUGUUCGGAGUAUUGGCACCAUGCUCUGAUAUCAUAGCAUUUUGCGAAGAGUCCGACGUACUUCACGAGCAGCACCCAGACUUUGACAUAUACAAUCAAAACGAACAGCGCAAGGAGGCGACCUGGAAGAUCCCCAUACUGGAUCAUGAGCACAUUGCAACGCAACAGAGGAGCCGGCGAAGUUCCAGUCAAAGCGCCGAAGGUUAUAAAGAGCUGGAACAGGUUUUGAGUUGGGGAUGGCAAACUCUCGUGGAGCGAAAGCCCAUCGAGGCAAUCAUUCCAUUGCUUGAGGAACACAGGGAACAGUUACGCAUGGCUGGAGUUUCUGAACAUGGUAACGAAGCGAAUCAGCUGAGAUUGUCGAGGCAAUUGCUGUCCCAGACGGGACAGAACUACUAUAACGGUAUGGAGGCACUACAGUCUCGGCGGCCGUUCUUGACUAAGAAAGGCAUUGUGGGGAUAGGGCCGCUGCCAAUGCAGCAAGGGGAUGUGAUAACCGUGUUCGCUGGAUCGAAAGUACCAUUUAUUCUAAGGCCUACCUCGAGUGAUCCUACUUUGAAUAUGCCAUAUAAGCUUAUUGGGGAGUCGUAUUGUCAUGGCAUUAUGGAUGGAGAAGUUACCACUCUUGGAUUGCCGGAAACCAAUCUGAUCCUGCUCUAAACACAGACGACCUGCAAUAGUCAAGCCAUAUGCGACAAGAAUUUAACAGAUCCAGCGAUGUUGGUUGCAUUUAUGCCACAUUGUUUACAUGAGCAUGUAUCGCAUGAUAUGGGGCCUGGAUCUAAUUUGCGAUGAAUGUUCAUGAGACGUCGUCUAACUGAAGAUGAUAUGCGGCAAUCUAUGGUUGUGGAACUUGCGAACGAAGAGACACCUAUUGGCAAGACAUCAAAUGUUGCGAUAGUAGUGCAAGAUCUGUCUUUUAAAGCUAUGCGCCUCUGCUCUUUAUCAAAUGAGCUGAAUGCAAGCCGAAUAGGGGACCCCUGAAACUUGAGAUGUAUUAUUGCUCUUGCUAUUCAUUUUAUUCGAAUGAAAAUACAUGGAUAUUAGAACGGCUCUAGAUCUGAGGUAAUAUUAUUCAUGUAAAGCACCUUAGCGACCACUGACGGUCUUUAUAACUUUGAG